ACACUAGCCCUCAGAAGCGCGGAGAGCGCUCCACAGAGUAGAACAUAAAAAGGGAAGGGGAUAGCCGGUAGAUAGAAUAGUUGGGAAUAAAACGUUUAUAAUAGGUUCAUAGGGCAGACAGAAGUUGGGAUAUCGCCUUCGGAGACGUUCCGGUCACCGCUGGCGGCCUGGACUUACUCCUGGUUACAAUUUAAAGCUGUUCCUUCUCACAAAGCGGCGUGCCGAGGGAGGACGCGUCUCUUUGAAUAGACAGGAUGCACGGACCGCCCUCCGGCGACAGCGCAUGCCCAUUGCGCCUCAUCAAGAGAGUGCAAUUCGGCAUCAUCAGCCCAGAUGAACUUAAACGGAUGUCAGUCACUGAAGGGGGAAUUAAGUACCCCGAAACCACUGAAGGAGGUCGUCCAAAACUUGGUGGCCUCAUGGACCCAAGACAAGGGGUCAUAGAAAGAUCUGGAAGGUGUCAGACAUGUGCAGGCAACAUGACAGAAUGCCCGGGCCACUUUGGGCACAUAGAACUGGCAAAGCCAGUUUUCCACGUCGGCUUCGUCACGAAGAUCAUGAAGGUUCUCCGAUGCGUCUGCUUCUUCUGCUCCAAACUACUAGUCGAUUCGAACAAUCCCAAGAUCAAAGACAUCCUGGUGAAAUCGAAAGGACAGCCCAGAAAGCGACUGACUCACGUCUACGAGCUUUGUAAGGGCAAAAAUAUCUGUGAAGGCGGCGAAGAGAUGGACAACAAGUUUGGCGUGGAACAGCAGGAGUCAGAGGACAUCACCAAGGAGAAGGGUCACGGGGGUUGCGGGCGCUACCAGCCGCGCAUCCGACGCUCCGGCCUGGAGCUGUACGCAGAGUGGAAGCACGUCAACGAGGACUCCCAGGAGAAGAAGAUCCUGCUGAACCCUGAGCGCGUGCACGAGAUCUUCAAGCGCAUCUCGGACGAGGAGGACGUCAUCCUCGGCAUGGACCCCAAGUUCGCCCGGCCCGAGUGGAUGAUCGUGACCGUGCUGCCCGUGCCCCCGCUGGCCGUCCGACCGGCCGUGGUCAUGCAGGGCUCAGCUCGCAACCAGGACGAUCUGACGCACAAGCUGGCCGACAUCGUCAAGAUCAACAACCAGCUGAGGAGGAACGAGCAGAGCGGCGCGGCGGCCCACGUGAUCGCAGAGGACGUCAAGCUGCUCCAGUUCCACGUCGCCACCAUGAUCGACAACGAGCUGCCGGGACUGCCCAGGGCGAUGCAAAAGUCUGGGCGCCCGCUCAAGUCCCUGAAGCAGCGGCUAAAGGGGAAGGAGGGGCGCGUCCGCGGUAACCUGAUGGGAAAGCGUGUGGACUUCUCCGCCCGAACCGUCAUCACCCCGGACCCCAACCUGCAGAUCGACCAAGUGGGCGUCCCUCGGUCCAUCGCCGCCAACAUGACCUUCCCGGAAAUCGUCACACCCUUUAACAUUGACAGGUUACAGGAGCUGGUACGGAGAGGAAACAGUCAGUACCCGGGCGCCAAGUACAUCAUCCGAGACAACGGGGACAGGAUUGACUUGCGGUUCCACCCUAAGCCGAGUGAUCUUCAUCUACAGAUUGGCUACAAGGUGGAAAGGCACAUGUGCGAUGGAGACAUCAUCAUUUUCAACAGACAGCCUACGCUACAUAAAAUGUCCAUGAUGGGGCACAGGGUGCGAAUCCUGCCCUGGUCCACCUUCCGAAUGAACCUCAGUGUGACCACUCCAUACAACGCUGACUUUGACGGGGAUGAGAUGAACCUGCAUCUCCCCCAGUCCCUGGAGACCAGGGCUGAGAUCCAGGAACUGGCCAUGGUGCCUCGUAUGAUCGUCACCCCCCAGUCCAACAGGCCCGUCAUGGGUAUCGUGCAGGACACCCUCACAGCCGUACGCAAAUUCACCAAAAGGGACGUCUUCCUAGAGCGGGGAGAGGUGAUGAACCUGCUGAUGUUCCUCUCCACGUGGGACGGCAAGGUCCCCCAGCCGGCCAUCAUCAAGCCCCGCCCCUUUUGGACGGGAAAGCAGAUCUUCAGCCUCAUCAUCCCCGGACACAUCAACGUGAUCCGGACCCACAGCACCCAUCCAGACGAGGAGGACAGCGGGCCCUACAAACACAUCUCUCCCGGGGACACCAAGGUGAUCGUGGAGAACGGCGAGCUGAUCAUGGGCAUCCUGUGCAAGAAGUCUCUGGGUACGUCGGCGGGCUCCCUGGUCCACAUCUCCUACCUGGAGAUGGGCCACGACAUCACCCGGCUGUUCUACUCCAACAUCCAGACGGUGGUCAACAACUGGCUGCUGAUUGAAGGUCACUCCAUCGGUAUCGGUGACUCCAUUGCCGACGCAAAGACUUACCUUGACAUCCAGAACACAAUCAAGAAAGCCAAACAAGAUGUGAUAGAAGUCAUCGAGAAGGCCCACAACAACGAGCUGGAGCCCACGCCCGGUAACACACUGAGGCAGACCUUCGAGAACCAGGUCAACCGAAUCCUCAACGACGCCCGUGACAAAACAGGGUCUUCUGCGCAGAAGUCUCUGUCAGAGUACAACAACUUCAAGUCCAUGGUGGUGGCCGGCUCCAAGGGGUCCAAGAUUAACAUCUCCCAGGUUAUUGCCGUGGUGGGGCAGCAGAACGUGGAGGGCAAGCGCAUCCCGUUCGGCUUCAAGCACCGCACACUGCCCCACUUCAUCAAGGAUGAUUACGGCCCUGAGAGCAGGGGCUUCGUGGAGAACUCCUACCUGGCCGGCCUGACGCCCACAGAGUUCUUCUUCCACGCCAUGGGAGGCCGAGAGGGGCUUAUCGACACAGCCGUGAAGACAGCCGAGACUGGUUACAUCCAGCGUCGUCUGAUCAAGUCCAUGGAGUCGGUGAUGGUGAAGUACGACGCCACGGUGCGUAACUCCAUCAACCAGGUGGUGCAGCUGCGUUACGGCGAGGACGGGCUGGCCGGAGAGGCGGUGGAGUUCCAGAACAUGGCCACGCUCAAGCCCUCCAACAAGGCCUUCGAGAAGAAGUUCAGGUUUGACUGCACCAACGAGCGGGCGCUGCGGCGCACCCUGCAGGAGGACGUGGUGAAGGACGUGCUGACCAACGCCAACGUGCAGGGCUGCCUCGAGAGGGAGUACGAGAAGAUGAAGGAGGACCGUGAAAUCCUCCGUGCAAUCUUCCCCACCGGGGACAGCAAGGUGGUGCUGCCAUGCAACCUGGCCAGAAUGAUCUGGAACGCCCAGAAGAUCUUCAGAAUCAACCCCCGGAUACCCACAGACCUCAAUCCACUCCGCGUGGUCGAGGGUGUCCGCGAGCUCAGCAAGAAGCUGGUGAUCGUGAACGGCGAGGACCACCUGAGUAAACAGGCCCAGGAGAACGCCACGCUGCUCUUCAACAUCCACCUGCGCUCCACGCUCUGCUCCAAGCGCAUGACGGAGGAGUUCCGCCUGUCCACCGAGGCCUACGACUGGCUGCUCGGGGAGAUCGAGACCCGCUUCAACCAGUCCAUCACACACCCCGGUGAGAUGGUGGGAGCCCUGGCCGCCCAGUCCCUGGGAGAGCCCGCCACGCAGAUGACGCUCAACACCUUCCAUUACGCCGGAGUGUCGGCCAAGAACGUCACUCUGGGUGUGCCCCGUCUCAAGGAGUUGAUCAACAUCUCAAAGAGGCCCAAGACGCCCUCGCUCACGGUGUUCCUGCUGGGGCAGGCGUCGCGCGAUGCCGAGCGGGCCAAGGACAUCCUGUGUCGACUGGAGCACACGACCUUGCGCAAGGUGACGGCCAACACCGCCAUCUACUACGACCCCAACCCCCAAAGCACGGUGGUGACCGAGGACCAGGAGUGGGUCAACGUCUACUAUGAGAUGCCCGACUUUGACGUCACCCGUAUCUCCCCCUGGCUGCUGCGCAUCGAGCUCGACCGCAAGCACAUGACUGAUCGCAAGCUGACCAUGGAGCAGAUCGCCGAGAAGAUCAACGCUGGUUUCGGAGAUGACCUGAACUGUAUCUUCAAUGACGACAACGCUGAGAAGCUGGUUCUGCGGAUCAGGAUCAUGAACAGCGACGAGAACAAGUUCCAUGAGGACGAAGAGGUGGUGGACAAAAUGGACGACGACGUCUUCCUGAGGUGCAUUGAGUCCAACAUGCUGACGGACAUGACCCUACAGGGCAUCGAGCAGAUCAGCAAGGUGUACAUGCACUUGCCCCAGACGGACAACAAGAAGAAGAUCAUCAUCACAGAGGAGGGCGAGUUCAAGGCUCUGCAGGAGUGGAUCCUGGAAACAGACGGCGUGGGCCUCAUGCGGGUCCUCAGCGAGAAGGACGUGGACCCCGUCCGGACCACCUCCAACGACAUCGUGGAGAUCUUCACGGUACUCGGUAUCGAGGCCGUCCGAAAGGCCUUGGAGCGCGAGUUGUACCACGUGAUCUCCUUUGACGGCUCCUACGUCAACUACCGCCAUCUGGCCCCUUGUGACACCAUGACCAGCAGGGGCCACUUGAUGGCCAUCACACGUCAUGGCAUCAACAGGCAGGACACCGGCCCGCUCAUGAAGUGCUCCUUUGAGGAGACGGUGGACGUCCUGAUGGAGGCGGCGUCCCACGGGGAGAACGACCCCAUGAAGGGCGUGUCCGAGAACAUCAUGCUGGGCCAGCUUGCGCCGUGCGGCACGGGCUGCUUUGACCUGCUGCUGGAUGCGGAGAAGUGCAAAUACGGCAUGGAGAUCCCAACCAACAUCCCCGGCAUCAGCGUGGCUGGACCUACUGGAAUGUUCUUCGGCUCAGCACCCAGCCCCAUGAGUGGCAUGUCCCCCGCCAUGACCCCAUGGAACACGGGCGCCACCCCGGCCUACGGCGCGUGGUCCCCCAGUGUCGGAAGCGGCAUGACUCCCGGGGCCGCGGGCUUCUCGCCCAGCGCCGCGUCCGAUGCCAGUGGCUUCUCUCCGGGCUACUCGCCAGCCUGGUCCCCGACCCCUGGAUCUCCAGGCUCUCCGGGUCCAGCCAGCCCCUACAUCCCCUCUCCAGGUGGGGCCAUGUCCCCCAACUACUCGCCCACCUCCCCGGCCUACGAGCCACGCUCCCCGGGUGGGUACACCCCGCAGAGCCCCGGCUACUCCCCCACGUCCCCCUCCUACUCCCCCACAUCCCCCUCCUACUCCCCCACCAGCCCCAACUACAGCCCCACCUCGCCCUCCUACUCCCCCACCUCGCCCUCCUACUCCCCCACCUCGCCCUCCUACUCCCCCACCUCCCCUUCCUACUCCCCCACCUCCCCCUCCUACUCCCCCACCUCCCCCUCUUACUCCCCCACCUCCCCGUCCUACUCCCCCACCUCUCCCAGCUACAGCCCGACCUCGCCUAGCUACUCCCCCACCUCACCAAGCUACUCCCCCACCUCCCCCUCCUACUCCCCCACAUCCCCGUCUUACUCCCCCACCUCCCCCUCGUAUUCCCCCACCUCGCCCUCCUACUCGCCCACCUCCCCCUCCUACUCCCCCACCUCGCCCAGCUACAGCCCCACCUCUCCAAACUACACUCCCACCUCCCCCUCCUACUCGCCCACCUCCCCCUCCUACUCCCCCACCUCGCCGUCCUACUCCCCGACGUCGCCCAACUACACACCCACCAGCCCCAACUACUCCCCCACCUCCCCGUCCUACUCCCCCACCUCGCCCUCCUACUCUCCCUCCAGCCCCCGCUUCACACCCCAGUCCCCCACCUACACCCCCAGCUCCCCGUCCUACAGCCCCAGCUCGCCCUCCUACUCCCCCACCUCCCCCAAGUACACCCCCACCUCGCCCUCCUACAGCCCCAGCUCCCCCGAGUACACCCCCACCUCCCCCAAGUACUCCCCCACCUCCCCCAAGUACUCCCCCACCUCUCCCACCUACUCCCCGACCACGCCCAAGUACAGCCCCACCUCGCCCACCUACUCGCCCACCUCUCCCACCUACACCCCCACCUCGCCCAAGUACUCCCCCACCUCGCCCACCUACUCCCCCACCUCGCCCAAGUAUUCGCCCACCUCGCCCACCUACUCGCCCACCAGCCCCAAGGGCUCCACCUACAGCCCCACCUCCCCCGGCUACAGCCCCACGUCGCCCACCUACAGUCCGGCCAUCAGCCCGGACGACAGCGACGAGGAGAACAACUGAGGCGCCUCACGGGAGGAGGAGGAGGUGCGCCGGCCUAUAGGGGACCCCACCACUCCUGCGCCAGCGGCCCCCUUGCCCCACCUCGAGGUGGACAACUGAAGGAAAGAAUAACGCCUUUUUAAAACCAACACCAACAACCUGGGGCGGGGAGACCGAGGGGCUUAAAUCACGACCACACAAGAGCCAGAGGAUACAUUUCUGGUUCCUUGC